AUCCAUCCCCCCAACCCUCAAUUUUCUUGCUUAUACCUUUCAUUGAUUGGGUUCUUACCCACUUGAAAUCCCACAUAUAAACCCCAUUAAUAUUCCAAUUAACACCGUUAUAAUAUUGACAAUCCAACCUCUCUAUCUUUUCAUAUUCAAAGCCCUCAUCAUCAUCAUCAAACACAGCAAAGAUAACAAAAAAUGAACCGAGGUGAGAAUAUAGCUUAUUACUUUGUCUUGGUAGGGCUAUCCAUCUGUCUCGUCGUUCUUGGUAUUCUCCUCUAUUUCAUCUGGAAUAAGAGAUCACCUGUUGAAUAUCAAGAAACACCUUCCAUCAAGCUUUGCGCUCGUGCAUACACAUUGACGGAUAUUGAUGCUGCCACCGAUGGCUUUGACACCCGCAGGAUUGUCGGUCAGGGCCGUCUAGGAAUUGUAUAUGCAGCCAUGCUAGAACAAGGAGAACCAGUGGCCGUUAAACGGAUACAUCCACGGCUUGUGUUGAUGAGCAAUGCUGGAUUCCGGUUUUCAACGCUGAUCAAGUCGCUUUCUUAUGCCCAACACCCCAAUAUCGUGCCAAUUAUUGGAUUUUCGGAAGCUCCAGGUGAAAGAAUUAUAUUAAUGGAGUUUGUUGGCUUGGCAAACCUGGAGAUCUAUUUACACCAAAGUAACGAUGGAGCGUCUGUAUUGGAUUGGAGCCAUCGUUUGAGGAUUGCCGCCGGGGCCGCCAGAGGACUCGAGUACCUGCACGAGGGCAAGGCACCAAGCAUAGUCCAUGGUUGUGUCAAGGCCUCAAAUAUUUUGAUCGACGCGAAGUUCUGCGCUAGGGUUUGCGAUUAUGGGCUAGCUAAUUUUAUGACUCCCCAAGAGAAGAAUGGCCUAGUAGGGUAUGUGGAUGAUGAGUAUUGGAGUGAUCAUGGAGGGGGAAAUUUUUGCAAGGAAAGUGACGUCUAUGGUUUUGGGGUUCUUCUGUUGGAACUUUUGAGUGGGAGAAGAAGUGAAGAAGGUCUUCUUGUUAAGUGGGCAUUGCCCUUGAUUAAGGACAUGAGGUUUCAUGAAGUUUUAGACCCAAGACUUGUAAUUCCUUCUGAAAUGAAGUCUCUUGUUAGACUGGGCAAAGUUGCUUCAGCUUGUGUUGGUAACUCGAGAAAAAGCAGGCUAUCCAUGGGUCAAGUUGCAGCAAUCUUAAACAAUUUGGAGAUGGAGGUAUGUCUUUGAUUCAGAGUCUCCAAAAUGAUCAACCAAUGAAACAGUGAUUCAGAGUCUUUAAGUUAUCGAUAGGGGCCAAAACUCCCAAGUAGCACUAGUGGUCUAAAAAGGUUGCUGGCUUGCGGUAUUUCUCCACAAUUUUCUAAGACGCGUGCAAAUUAAUGGAGAAAUUGAAAACCAAUUUGGAGUUUGACUUUGAACAAAUGAUGCCAUCUCAGUUAUCAUGAAUUCUUGUGGCCUGGUUUUAAACAUCUUCGUCAUCUUUUAGAUUUGUACUGUCUUUGAAAAGAACUAAAUGUUCACAUGAUUUAUAGUAGUGGCUCACAAAGGGCCGACAUUUUAAUAUUCUAUGGUUGGAAGUUAUAUUUG